UUCGCCUGAGGCGAAUGGACGGCGGUGGUGGGGCAGCCGCGGGCCCUGCCUGCCGGGCGUCUCGUCAGCGGAAGGAGGAAGCGUCAUGGCCGAGGCCUGGUCUGGCUUCUCGCAGGAGGAGUUGCGGCGCCUACGGGCCCAGCGCCCAGAUUUGUAUGAACCCUCAGAGCAACAGCAUCGCCCCCACACUACAAGUAAGAGUCGGAAGCAAUCCCUGCAAGAAAAAGCUCUCCAGAAGCAAUGUCAGAAGCUGGGACUGCAGGGUGGAGCAGCUUCUGUGCCUCCUGAGCAGUUACUUUCUGUACCAAAACACAAACCUUGUCAUCCCCAGCAGCUUGUGCCACCACCUCACCCUCCUUCAGCAGGAGACCAAAGGCAAAAUGACAACCGAGACCAGCAGAAGGAAGUGACACCAGUAGAUCCUUGUAAUGGCAGUGACAGUGUCCAGACCCACCCUGCAAAGCCCAACUCCAAAGUGGAAAAAAAGAAAGUGGAAUUGCAGGAGAAAUCUCGAUGGGAAAUCCUCCAGCAAGAGCAACGGCUGAUAGAAGAGAAGAAUAAACGGAAGAAGGCACUCCUGGCCAAAGCUAUUGCUGAGAGAUCUAAAAGAACUCAAGCUGAAACAGUGAAACUGAAAAGGAUUCAGAAGGAGUUACAAGCCCUGGAUGACAUGGUGUCUGCUGACAUUGGCAUCCUGCGGAACCGCAUUGAUCAGGCCAGCUUGGACUACUCCUAUGCCCGGCUUUGGGGUUAUCCACAUUCACCAUUACACCUUAAAUGCUUGCACUCAGAAAUCUUUGGUUUCACCUACUGUGUCUGUGACCCCAGAGGUGGCUGUUUUGAGCUGAUCACCUCUAGAGAGGUGACAGAUGAUAACCCAUCUGGGCAUUCCUGGAGAGAGACAGAGGGAGACUUCCUCAUGAGGGUGAGUGCUGGGGAAGGCAUUUGGGAUGGCUGCAAUCCACAAACACAUCAAAGGUGCAAAUGGCUUUUAUCAAGAGGCAGUAAAACUUUAAUCCAAAAUUCACUUUAAUGUAUUUGCCACAUAUUUGAAAGGGAGCUGAUUUCAGAAGUGCUUUUGAGUGUUUUAAAAAUUCUCCUGGACCUUUAUCUUGUAACUCUCUCCACUCUGGAAACCUGAUGCCUUUGUUUCUGGGGUCCCAGAUGUCUGGGACUCGUGACUAUGGGGAGAGUGAGAAUUGAAACUAUUUCUAAAUCUCUUCUGAAACAUGGGCACAAAUAGCUUUUUUUCCUAGCUCUAAACCCCUGUAAAACUCCCAAUUUAUUUUUUUUUUUUUUUUUUUUUAACCACAGAUCACACUUGCAGCAAAUACCACCUCCUUAGGCAGAAAGUGGGACAUGUUCUCAUUCAUUUGUCAAAAAUCCCUCAUUUCCAGCUCAGUGAGGCUGCAAGACACUGGCCCUUUAGUAUCCUGGGGUGCUUGCCUCUAGUGUGGAGCUUUAGGCUGGUGCUGUUUUGCUGGAAGAAAUCUAAAGUUAGUGUGGAAAACAGGAGCAAUUCCCUGGCAAGAUCACAGGAAUUGUAGCCUUUCUCAUUUUCUUUCUUUUUUUCUUUUUCUGUAGGAGAGUCAAAACAUCGCUGCUUUCAUUUGGAAAGGGCAAGUGACUUUCCCAUGCCGUAAUACCCAGCAAGUGUUGAGAGAAUGUGGUUACAUAAAACCAUAUUUUUAAUGCAACCGACAGACUGUCUUGAGAGCUAAGUGGUUUUUGACAGUUUUUAUGCACCUGCUAAUUCAAAGCUCUUAACAUGUGCCAGUUAAAAAGAGCCAGGCACUAAAACAUCCACCCUGUGGACGGCAGGGGCUCAGCUGCACACCAGAGCACAGAGAAUCCAUGAAAGGUAGAAACUCGACUUCUCUUACAGGACUGACUGGUACACAACUAACUCAACUCAGAGCUUUUGUUUCCUGGUCCUGCUUGGCCUUGAAGAUUCCUGCUUCUGCUUUGCACCUAUAGAAUGGCUGAUAUUUCUUUGGGCUUAUUCUGUUUGCUUUUCCCAGUUAUAGCAGUUACCAGAAAGAAAAGAUGCUAAACAUCCUGUCAGGACUAUAUCGUUAAAAGGGAUGUACUGACAAUACCUCCCCAGGCUCCUCUACUAAAUUUGUGCCUCCGUGUUUUCUGGAUAGUGAGAUUGCUUCUCAUAAUCAGUGCUAAGACAGACAUUGCCAAAGCCCAGAUGGAAACUGGACACAAUUCUCCAGUGUGUCUGCUCAGGUAUCUCCUCUGCAAUCACUGCAUGCUUAGAGAAGCUACAUGGACUGUUUAGACACAGCCUUGCUGCCAGUAACAUAAAGUAAGGCCUGGGAGUCCUCCUCUUCUAAUAUUUUCCUUCCUAUCCACCCCUUCAGUAAACUCUCAAUUUAGAGAUUUUCUCAGGAUCACUUUAAACCUCUCACAAUGAAAUCUUCCUUUUUCCUUCCUAGGGCUUUCUCCCCGUGCCUUAUCUGCUCACAGCCCAUCUCCACAGAGUUUUGGCUGGCUGUCCACACUGUGGGUCACCUGAUGGCCUCAUCCCUGUAGAGAAAAGCUUGGAAACUCAGCACCAUCUAAUA